GUCAUGGAAUUACAAUUUAUGAUACCUAUAUUUGAUGACAAAUUGUGUGUUUAAUUUGAUGUUCAAAUGCAAGUAAUCGUUUAGUCUUACUGUGGCGGUUGUCUCUCGCAGUCUUGCAGUGCCUAUUUGUUGUUCAAUAUGAGUAAAUGGGAAAACGACGAUGAGGUACAAAGAUUUAGAGAGUACUUGAAGAUACCGAGUGUGCAUCCCGAUAUUGAUUAUGACGACUGUGUGAAGUUCCUUCGUAAGCAGGCUGAGGAGUUGGGUCUUCCGGUGGUGGUGUAUGAGUUUGCCCCAAGGAAGCCGGUGGUGGUCAUAACAUGGCAGGGUCUGGAGCCAGAUCUGCCCAGCAUACUGCUCAACUCUCACAUGGAUGUGGUGCCAGUACACGAGGAGCACUGGACGUAUCCACCGUUCGCAGCUCACGUCACGGAGGACGGGUGGAUAUACGCCCGAGGCACUCAGGACAUGAAGUCUGUGGGUAUGAUCCACCUUGAGGCUGUGCGGAGACUGAAGCAAGCCGGGGCGAAGAUAAAGAGGACUGUCCAUAUCAGUUAUGUACCCGAUGAGGAGAUAGGCAGUCAAGAAGGCAUGAAGCUUUUUGCAGCGUCUGAGGAGUUUAAACGAUUGAAUAUCGGCUUCGAGUUGGACGAGAGCGGGCCUCAUCACAAGCCUGAUGAGUUCUUCGCGUUUCACGGCGAGAGGACUUCUAGACAAAUAAAAGUGACCUGCGUUGGUGACCCUGGCCACGGUUCCUUCCUGUCAUCAGGUACUGCGGGAGAAAAAAUAGCGUACAUAAUAGACAAGUUUAUGUCGUAUCGGGCUGAGCAGACGAAGCAAAUAAAAAGCCGAACUAUAAGGGGAUUCGGCGAAAUCACAACUAUUAACCUGACUCAAUUAGAGGGUGGUGUUCAAAUAAACGUAUUACCCAAAAGUCUAUCGGCAUCCUUCGAUAUUCGAAUUGCACCUCACGUGGAUCACGACAAAUUCGAAGAAAUGAUAGACACGUGGUGCAAAGAAGCUGGAAAAGGUGUAACUUACGAGUAUUUCGUUAAAAACCCUCAAGUGCCAAACUCACAAAUAGAAGGUAACCCCUUCUACACUGCUCUUGCUGACACUGUAAAGGACUUGGGCAUAACAAUGAAAUCCAGUAUUUGCCCAGGCGCAACCGACGCGCGUUUCGUAAGACUGCAAGGUAUUCCGGCUAUAAACAUAACACCUAUUCGGAACACCCCUCUGUUAAUCCACAAUCACGAUGAAAGACUCAAUAUUGAGGAGUAUAAGAGAGGCAUUGACGUUAUGGAGAAGAUUGUCCUAGCUGUGGCUAACGUGGGUAUAAGACAUACAAACCAUAAAGGUGACUCACCAAUGAGAGAGUCGGCAAAGUUGUAAAUCCUCAGAAAUUACUUGAAUUGGUUGCUUUCAAGUAGCAGUCGUUGUAACCGAAAGCUUCAACAUAUAUUUUUUUAUUUUAAUUAAAAGCUUUGAGUGCUUUGAUCGCGAUCCAGCCUGGUUUUAAGCAGCGACGUGGUCUAAGGUGGAGCACACAAACUCAAAUAGUGCCUAUUCAUUCAUGCCUUGAAAAUCCUCAAAUUACAAUGACACAGAAAGAGAAUUCCAUUCUUUAGCAGUUCAAAAAAAAAAACAAAAAAAAAUAAAAAAGAAUUAAAAAAAAAUUAUAUUCUAUUCUAUUCCCAUAAAUAAAUGAGGAAGCGAAUGUAACGGUUCUAAGAGGAGGAAUCGACUACAUAUGGAUAGAAUCCAUCCCCGCGUCACGUCGUCCGAUGGUGGGAAGGUGCAGGUGGAAUAAUUAUGGUAUCAAUGAUAAAUUUUAAAAGCAUACGUUACCUGGGUGUAAACAGACCACAGAUGAAAUGCUUCAAUUUCAUCUUAAAAAGUAAUGUUGCACAAGUCAAUGCGGGGCAGAAAGUGUCCCUUCUACGCGUAGUAUUAUUGUUUACUCUAUGCCCCGGACUACAAACCUUAGUCACACCGCGGACACUUCAUAUAAAAUACCUCAUUUUACACAGACAUUAUAUAUUGACGAUAUCGUACAACUUGUGUGUGAUGUCUGUCCAUACGAUUGAAGACUAAAACAAGAAGUAAGGGGGUGAGGUACAGCCGCUGGUGGGGAGCGGAGAGUUUUUUAAACAAUUAAUAAUGAUUUAUUUAAAAAAGAGCGCUGUCACUAAAGAGUUUAUAUGUAAGUACAUUAGUCAUUUACAUAAGUACAGAUAAAUGCAUUUCCGCGUUCCACACCGCAACACUACAACACUACGGUCAUUUCGAACAGGGGUAUCGUUUAAUUUUAAAAGACCCACGAUACCACCAGGGUUAUAGUCAGGGGUAUCGUGGAUCCGAAAUGUUCUAUACGUAGAAUUAUUGUUCCUUAUUCUAUGCUUGUGGUCUUUGUUUUACUUACAAAUUAUAUUUGUUCCAAUAAAAAGUCUAAAUCAUUAAUUUCUCAUAUUUGUUAUUUGUAUAUCAAAUGUAUUUAUAACACAUACAAACUUAUUGUAGUAAAUAAAUUAUUUUAAAGUAU